UCUGCCUGGCCAGCUCGAGCAGCAGCUGGCUCAGCAGGCGACAGGAGCACAGGCCACCCUUCCUCAAGGCCUCAGAAUGGACUUGUGCCACCCAGACCCAACGGAGCUGAGCAGCGGGGAGACAGAGGAGCUGCAGCGGAUCAAGUGGCACCGGAAGCAGCUUCUGGAAGACAUCCAGAAGCUGAAAGAUGAGAUCGCAGAUGUAUUUGCCCAGAUUGACUGCUUCGAGACCACGGAGGAGAGCCGGUUGGCCCAGAAGGAGAAGGAGCUAUGCAUUGGGCGUAAGAAGUUCAACAUGGAUCCCAUGAAGGGCAUCCAGUACCUCAUCGAGCACAAACUGCUGACCCCCGAUGUCCAGGAGAUCGCCCAGUUCCUGUAUAAGGGUGAGGGCCUCAAUAAGACAGCCAUCGGCACCUACCUGGGGGAGAGGGAUCCCUUCAACCUGCAGGUCCUCCAGGCCUUCGUGGACUGCCACGAGUUUGCCAACCUCAACCUCGUGCAGGCCCUCAGACAGUUCCUGUGGAGCUUCCGGCUGCCAGGCGAGGCCCAGAAGAUCGACCGGAUGAUGGAGACGUUUGCCACCCGCUACUGCCUCUGCAACCCAGGCGUCUUCCAGUCCACAGACACCUGCUACGUCCUGUCCUUCUCCAUCAUCAUGCUGAACACCAGCCUCCACAACCCCAAUGUCCGGGACAGGCCACCCUUCGAGCGCUUCGUGUCCAUGAACCGAGGCAUCAAUGACGGUGGUGAUCUGCCCGAAGAGCAGCUUCGGAACCUCUUCGACAGCAUCAAGAGUGAACCCUUCUCCAUCCCGGAGGAUGACGGCAAUGACCUCACUCACACCUUCUUCAACCCCGACCGCGAGGGCUGGCUGCUGAAACUGGGCGGCCGCGUGAAGACGUGGAAGCGCCGCUGGUUCAUCCUGACCGACAACUGUCUCUACUACUUUGAGUUCACAACUGACAAGGAGCCCCGGGGGAUCAUACCCCUGGAGAACCUCUCUGUGCAGAAGGUGGCCGACCCCAAGAAGCCAUUCUGCCUGGAGCUCUACAACCCCAGCUGCCGGGGCCAGAAGAUCAAGGCCUGCAAGACGGACGGUGAGGGCAAGGUGGUGGAGGGCAAGCACGAGUCUUACCGAAUCUCUGCCGCCAGUGCCGAGGAGCGCGACCAGUGGAUCGAGGCCAUACGAGCCAGCAUCACCCGUGUCCCCUUCUAUGACCUGGUCUCUGCUCGGAAGAAGAAGAUUGCCAGCAAGCACUGAGCUUCCUGGAGGUGGUGGCCAGGGGCGGGGCCUCACGGGAAGCCUACCACCUGUGGUCCCGGGAGACACAUGUCCCACCCCAGGGCACCCUUUCCUGGGUCACAGACAUCACCCCCGUCCCCAUUACUUUAAGCUAACAGGAGCGUGGCAGGGGCGGCAGGGUUCCAGAGGGUGGGUGGGAAACCCCGAGGGCUCAGAGGUGGCACUCGGAUCCCCUGGCACUGGGCACCCAGGCACCACUAGGAAAGGCCCCCACUCCCUGCCCCGAGUCACUGCAGCAAGGAGCAAGGGAAACAGCCGAAUAGGAACCAGCUCCAGCACCCAGCACCCUGUCCUGCAUUUGGGCCUCAGUUUCCCCUUCUGUUAAACAUCUCCUAUACCUGAAAUGCUGUGGGCCAUUGAGGCAGGAGGGGCCAUGGGGAUCCUGAGUGCUUCCUGCCCUUGGCCAUGGUGAUGCCUCUUCCUUCUGCUCAGGGGGUUCUCAGCCAGCCCCUCCCCUGUUUGCAGCAGGGGCUUAGCCCUCCCUGCCUGAGGGACACGCACAGCUCAGACCCAUGGACGGAACCGCUGGCAGACGCCAGGAGCCCAGUGCCCGUGGUCUUGGUCGCAGCUGGUCUCCAACUUGAUGUGUGCCUGCUGCCAGGUCACAAUCUUCUGGUUCUUGGAAAACUGUGGGGUUGGGAUAGAAAUGUCCUGGUCCCUUCCGUGUCCCCCCUGUCCCCAGCAACGGCAGAUCCCAGUGCUGCCCAAGUCGUCCCCUCCCUCCUCACGGGCCACUUCCUGUUGGAAGUGGAUCCACCCAAGAAGCUUCUGGCAGGAGGUGUUUGAGCUUGUGGACUGAUCACCGGGAGGGGCUUGCACCCAAGGCUGCAGGGAAGCCAGGAUCAGAGUGGGCUCCAGUCGCAAGGAUGUCCAUUUUGGAGGAAGAGCAAGAGGAACUCUUGAAGAAAGGGGAACAUCCCAGACACAUGUUCAUGCGGGACUGGUGGUAUGGCCAGGAAGCCCAGAAAAUAGAGCUUCAUGAACUGUGGUUACCGGGAGGGCUGCCUGGAGGCAGCGCCCAUGCCACAGAGCGACAUAGGAGCUUGUGGCAGAGUCUCAGCCAUAGCCUCCGGGCUGAGCGCUGACUGGGGGUCCUGUGGAGGUGAGGGGCUGCCCCAGCCAGGACCCGGCAUCCUGAGACCCGCAGUAGGGCCGUUGAGAGUUGAGCUGACUUCCCAGCAGGCAGCUCUGCCUCCAGGGUGGCCCCAACCAGGAGGAAGACGCCUUGAACAGGCGCCUUCCCAGAAGCCCUUCUUCCCCCGUUGUACAGGCCCUGCGGGAGUCCCUGCAGGGUGGUUCCCCAGCAGGAAAGCAGGAUACGUGAUUGCCUCUGCCCCAGCGCCAGCCCGUGGGCGAGCCAGAGCAAGGUGGAUUCCCCAGGGCACGGGAGGCGAGCUCUCCUCCCCUCCACCCCCACUGACACUCACACACCUUUCAUGGAGUCCGGGUAGAGUAGCUGUCUUUCAAGUGGUGAGAUCCCCGUCGCUGGAGGUGUGCGAGUGCCUGGUAAGGACAUGGUGCUGAAGAGGGCCCGGGUUGGGCAUCUGCAGGGGGCCUUGGAGGACAUUUGAGGACUUCUGCAGACCCCACGUCAGCCUGGGAACUGAGGGCCACGUCUGCCACCGCCUCUGGCCCCUGAAAGGGCAGCCAGGGGCCACGGAAGGAGCACUGGGCUGAGGGUCAUGGGCUCCAGAGUCCUCUCCUGUUCCUGGCAUAGGCUGGCUGGGUGGCCUCAGCCUCCCCGUUCCCGCCCUGGUCCUCAGCUGCCUCCCCCAUCAUUGAGAGGGUGGAAGCAGUUAUUUUCCAGGCAUAGCACCUGUUCUUGGAAUCACUCAGAAAAGAGAAUAAAGC